GCUGACCUGGCAGUGCUAGCUGAUCGACCUCGACAGCACAAAGUGUGCGUUUGGGCCUGUGUUGGGAUACGGUGCGCGUGGACUUUCGGGACUUCACAGAAGCGGAGCCUGUGCGCGUGGGAUGGCAUUCCGACCAGGGUCACUACAGGGAGCCAAACCACUUUUGAACAGUAUGGAUGCACACGAAAUUAGCACCAGCCUCAUUCGCCUAUGCGUGCCGACGUAUGUGCCGUGUACACAGAGUGCACAAAUGGUCAUCCUGUUCAAAACCGGGGGGAUGCUGUGCCAUCCAAUCACGUCCGGAAUUACUGGGAUGCUGUUACGUUCCCCUAUGGUGCACGGCAUCGCAAAUUACAGCUACAGCUGAUACGGUAGUGUCACAUCAACAAACCAACACGGCGUCAUAUUUAUUACCGCCCAUUUGGCAGGUAUAUAUUAGACGAACCCAAGAGGAACACGAAGUAAAGCUGAAGACUAAAGGUGUUCAUUCAUGCAAAAUUUCUUGCGUGGUUUGCAAAGUACUUGUUUAUGCACUGUGAC